CACAAUUUGGAAGCUUGGGAAAUGUGUAUGUUUGUAUUGUUUUUUGUUGAUUCUUCUUCUUCUUCUUCGUCUGGGAAAAGUGCCUGUGUGUGUGUGUGUCUAUUCAUCUUUUAUUGCGCAUAUCGCAUCAAUGCGAAGAAGACCCGUAUGCUCCGUCAUAUGAUGGAAUUUGCGUUGCCAACCUGCAACCACCCCCUUUACCUCCCUUCCUCCCAACCCUCCCAUUAUGCAAGUACAAUCAAAACCGUCAUCUUCCGUCUGCUGGCAGCGAGCGCACGCACACAAAAUGGAACGCGCGCCUAUGUUUGUGUGUGUGUGUGAGUAUGUGCUAAGAGCAAAAAUGGUUCGCCCUGGCUCUGUGUGUGUGUGCGCGCGCGUGUGUAUCGAUGUGUUGUUAUUGUUGUUUGUUGUGUCGAGCUCCUUGACCGUGAUAAGGGCAUCCAUUUAAAAGUGAUGCGUAUCGGUGCGAAAUGCGGUCUGUGGUUGCCGUUUUCAUUGCGCGUACGGCAGGAAACAAUUGCCGCAACAAUUGCGCAAACAAUAGGGGGAAAGAGCGCUGAAACUGAAGCUUGCUGCGAACGGCAGCAGCAUGAAAAGCUGCUCUGCUGUGCGGUGUGACGUGUUCUUUUGUGAUUCUUGCGUGUUCCGUUUGGCGUUGUGUGUUAGAAACACGGCAGACUCCGCAGCAAAAACCACACAUGUGCAAAUGUGGUUUGUGCACAUCGUGUUUUUCUUUUCUUCUUCUUUGCGUCCGUCUCAUUCUUAGUCUCACUGGGAGAAGAAAGCAAAGAAAAAAAGGCUAAGCCAAAAGACGGUAAAGACACACCCAGCCCGGAGACGUGUACUACGUGUAAAUGGUGUGUUCCUCCAUAAGAAGUGUGCUGCACAUGUUGUUUGGCUGAUGUUGCUCGUUUCCUGUUAUUGUUUUUGUCUGGACGCAUCGUUUUCUCGUCCCUCGGAGGCAAUGCCAAAAUGCCUAAAUGCCAUCACGGAGUGAAAAUGUUUAUCGCCGCAACAAUCAAUAACAGCAAGCUGUUCAGGCUUUGAUGGCGCUUACACCAGCCGCCUCACCAGCACCACCAGCAGCAGCAGUAUCAGUAAAGGUGUUGUCAGUGUUGCCAUCGUCGACGUCGUCACUGCAGCUGCCGGCGACCAUGGUGCAACGGGUAGUAGUAGUCGCCACUGCCGAUGCCACCGCUGUCGCCGCCGCCGACUCCACCCUUCACGGAUGAUACAGCCCGGACGGACGGACGGACGGACGACGACGGAUGAGGCCCGCCCGAAACGGACGAUGACGAGGGUGCCGGUGCGCCUCCUGCCCGUUGUGUGUGUGUGUAGUGUUUUGCAUAUGCCGUUGUUGUUGUGUUGUCCUUGCUUGUUGGUGAUCAUGUUACAGCAGUGCCGGUUGGGGCCACUUUCUUCUUGCGCGUAAAACAAAGCCUGCCGAGGAUUGCACAUACUCACAACACUCUCCGUCUAUCUAUCUCUCUAUCUCUCUCUGUCUGUCUCUCUGUCUCUCGCUGUACAUCUGUGUUCCCGCUCCAUACUGCACCGGAUUCAUAGUUCGGAAAACUUCACCCACUUGGGAGUGUUGUGUGAGCGUACUGACGAAACGCCGACAAGUGUUUGUGCAUGCGCGUGUGUGUAUGUGUGUGGGACAGUGGUCCAACAUUCCGGCAGUCCCGGGUGUGCGCCGCGAUUAGCGAAGUGAUUUGUGGUCACCGUUGUUCCUAAUAGAAAGGAAGUCGACAAAAGCCGGCAAUCGUGUGUGCGUGUUUGUGUUGUGGCACAUUCUGAUCUGAAAGAUAUCGGCGAAAACGAAGCAAAUUAAGGUGAUUUGAAAGUGAAAUUUAACUAGAAAAGUAAAACAGUACCAGCGGAGGUGGUGGCUCGUCCUGCACCAAGUGCGGCGACUGGCGCAGAGAAAGAGAAGGCCCGUGGCAUGUUGUGUUGCACAGUGGCUUAGCAACCGCGGCCAAAUAGCCUACUCUAAGAGUGUGUACUGGUGCCACCACUUUGUUGCACUCGCCAAAACAAAACAAAACAAAAAAGCGGUCCGGUUUGGCACACGUCUUGGCUGGCAGAAAGAAAGAAAAAAAAACCCAGCCACAGCAUAUCCUGCAAAACAUAAAGUACGAACAACGUGUGCGUGUGUGUGUAUAUGUGUCGUCUGCCCGGGUGUACGCACUGGUCCGGUGCCGAAGGCUAAAGCAUGUUCUCUGGCAGUUCGCAUGUAUCGAUCACGGAUGCGGCUGAUUACGAUUUCGAGAAUGCGGAAAAUGCGGCCAAAUGGAGGGGCUUGUUCAUCUCAUCGUUGCGGAAGGUGCUCGAGCAGGUGCAUCCUUCGCUGCAGGCCCGGGAGGAUGCGUUGCUGUACGUCGAGAGCCUGUGCCUGCGAUUGUUAGCGACACUGUGUGCGAAGCCACCGCCGCACACGGUAAUGGACGUGGAGGAUCGUAUCAUCCGUACCUUUCCGACCCCGAUCGAUAGGUGGGCACUGGGGGAGGCACGCGAAACGAUAGACAAGUCGAAAAAGAAGAAACCGGUGCUACCAGUUGAUCGUGUGCAUACGCUACUGCAGAAGGAGGUGCUGCAGUACAAAAUCGACAGUUCCGUAUCGCUGUUUCUGGUGGCCGUGCUCGAGUACAUAUCCGCCGACAUCCUGAAGCUGGCCGGGUACUAUGUGAAGAACAUACGCCACAUCGAAAUUACCCGCGAGGACAUCGAGGUCGCCAUGUGCGCUGACAAGGUACUGAUGGACAUGUUCUAUCAGGGCGAAAGCUCCAACUCGAUGGCACCGAGUCCGCUUCCACCGACGCCCCGCGCCAGCCUCAGCUACGAGGAGGUCGUGAAGGAACUGAUCCACGACGAGAAACAGUAUCAACGGGAUCUGCACAUGAUCAUCCGAGUAUUCCGGGAGGAGUUAGUUAAGAUAGUUAAGGAUCCAAAAGAGCUGGAUUUAAUAUUUUCCAACAUAAUAGACAUUUACGAAGUGUCGGUGACGUUGCUGGGAUCGCUCGAAGAUGUGAUAGAAAUGUCCCAGGAGCAAACGCCACCGUGUAUUGGUAGCUGUUUUGAAGAACUGGCAGAAGCGGCUGAAUUCGACGUGUAUGCAAAGUAUGCAAAGGAUAUUACAUCGGUGACGGCGAAGGAAGCGCUAGCCAAUUUGUUAGCCCGACCGGAGGCCAGUUCACUGAUGUCAGCCGGGCAUGGUUUCAAGGAGGCGGUCAAAUUUUACCUACCAAAACUACUAUUAGGGCCCAUCGGGCAUGCGCAGUUAUAUUUGGAUUACAUUAAGGUUUUACUACAGCUUAGUCCCUCGCAGGAGGAUAAAGAGAGCUUUGAGCAGGUGCAAGGGUUGCUGAAACCGCUGCAGUGCGAGCUGCAGAGCAUUUCAUCACUCCUGCCGAAAGAAUACUUUACGCGCGUGAACAGCCGUGCCCGGCGGCAGUCGGCGAUCGAGAAAACGCGCGACCUGCAAAACACGGUCGAGCACUGGGACAAGGACGUGGGCCAGUGCUGCAACGAGUUCAUCCGGGAGGAUACGCUCGCGAAGCUGAGCUCGGGCAAGCGGCAGACCGAGCGGAAGGUGUUCCUGUUCGACGGGCUGCUGGUGCUGUGCAAGGCGCGGCGCCAGAUAGUGCCGGGCAACAACUACGACUACCGGCAGAAGGAGCGGUUCUUCAUGCGCAAGGUCGAGAUCAUCGACCGGCCCGACACGGACGAGCUGAAGCACGCGUUCGAGAUUUCGCCCCGCGAGCAGCAGAGCGUUGUACUUAUCACCAAGAACGCCCAGCACAAGAACGACUGGAUGGCGGACCUGAUCAUGCUGAACACGAAAUCGAUGCUGGAGCGCAUACUGGACAGCAUCCUGCUCGACAUCGAGAAGAAGCAUCCGCUCCGGCUGCCGAGCCCGGACAUGUACAAGUUUGCCGUGCCGGACGGGCCGUCGAACAUCGUGCUGGAGGAGCGCGAGGGCACGGGUGUGCCGCUGAUCAAGGGUGCGACACUGUGCAAGCUGAUCGAGCGGCUGACCUACCACAUCUACGCCGAUCCGAUGUUUGUGCGCACGUUUCUGACCACGUACCGGUCGUUCUGCUCGCCGAAGGAGCUGCUCCAGCUGCUGGUCGAGCGGUUCGACAUACCGGAUCCGGCCGUCGUGUACGAUCCGGCGGCGGAAAAGGAGCUGGCCGGCGACACGGACAAGUUCCACAAGAACUCGCAGCGGGAGGACUGGAAGCGGUACAAGAAGGAGUACGUGCAGCCGGUACAGUUCCGCGUGCUGAACGUGCUUCGGCACUGGGUCGAUCAUCAUUUCUACGACUUUGAGCGGGACGGCGAGCUGCUCGAGUCGCUCGAACGGUUUCUGGAGACGGUGCGCGGCAAAUCGAUGCGCAAGUGGGUUGAUUCGGUGAUGAAGAUCGUUCAGCGGAAGAACGAAAGUGAAGACAAUCACCGGCAAAUAACGUUCGCGUUCGGGCACAGUCCGCCGGCGAUUGAGCACCAUCUGCCGCUGAACGGUGAGAACGAGUUCAACCUGCUAAUGCUGCAUCCACUCGAGCUGGCGCGACAGUUGACUCUGCUGGAGUUUGAAAUGUACAAGAAUGUCAAACCCUCCGAACUGGUUGGCUCGGUGUGGACGGGGAAGGAUAAAGAAACAACUAGUCCUAAUUUAUUGAAAAUAAUGCAUCACACCACUAAUUUUACACGCUGGAUCGAGAAAUCGAUCAUUGAGGCGGAAAACUUCGAGGAGCGCGUCGCGAUGGCGAGCCGCGCGAUCGAGGUGAUGAUGGUGCUGCAGGAUUUGAACAACUUCAACGGCGUGCUGUCGAUCGUGUCCGCCUUCCAGGGGGCGGCCGUCCAUCGGCUCAAGCUGACGCUGGAGGACAUCCCGAAGCGCCACCAGCAGGUGCUGGCCGAGUGCCGCGAGCUGAACAAUUCGCACUUCAAGAAGUACCAGGAGAAGCUGCGCUCGAUCAAUCCGCCGUGCGUGCCGUUCUUCGGCAUGUACCUCACCAACAUACUGCACAUCGAGGAGGGCAAUCCGGACUUUCUGCCCAACACGGAGCUGAUCAACUUCUCCAAGCGGAGGCGGGUGGCCGAAAUUACGGGCGAAAUACAGCAAUAUCAGAAUCAGCCGUACUGCUUAAAAGUCGAUCCUAGCAUAAGGAAUUUUCUAGAGAAUUUAGAUCCUUUUAAAGGAAUGAGCAUCACGGAAAUUCAGAACUAUCUGUACGAGGAGAGCAAACGGAUAGAGCCGAAAAACUGUCGCCAGCCGUUGAAAUUCCCCAAAAAAUGGCCGGACAUUUCGUUGAAGUCGCCCGGCAUUAAGCCGUCGUCGAGGCGCAACAACAGCUCCGCCAACUCGUCGAUGACGCUGCCUGGCACGCUGCCGUACAGCAAGACGUCCCUGCUGGCGAACAGUGACACGGGCGAACAGUCGCCGCCGGCCUCCUCCUCCUCGUCCGUGCACGACUACUCCAUCUUCGCAUCGGUCAACAUUCACUCCUCCUCGUCCGGGACGUCCUCGCUUUCGUCGCUCUACUACCAGCAGCAGCAGCAACACCUACAGCAACAGCUUCAGCAGCAGCAGCAGCAGCAUCACUCCGGUUUCUACCACGGCCAGCAGCAGCAGCAGCAGCAAGGUGGCGGGGUUGUCGCUGGCAGUAGCAGCGGCUCGUCACAGUACUCACAUCACGGCAGUGCGCACCACCAUCCACACCAGCAGCAGUACCUGCCGCAUCACCAUCCGCAUCACCAUCACCACCACCAUCACCAUCCGCAUCACUACCAUCCGAGCUUCUCGCAGUCGAUCGCGAACCUGACGACGGCCGGCGGGGACAGCCAGAUGGCGCCGGAGAUACCGCGCCGCUCGGACAGUAUUAUACUGACCAACACGAACCAGCUGCUGGCCGGCAGCGGCUGCCUGUCGGAGAGCAGCGGUGGCAGCUACAACGGCGGCAAGCUGCUGCCCAGCCCGCGCUACCCGUCCGCCUCGAUGACGACCCUACCGUCCUCGUCGUCCUGCUCGGCGGCGGGUACUUCCGGUGGCGGUACCGGCGGGAUGGCCGUCGGCGCCUCCAGCUACUCGAUCGGGGGCAGCCUGUACAGUGGUUCCAGUAGCGAAGCAUCCGGCUACGGUACUGCCAGCUCAGUGACGUCAUCGUCGGCGGCCAGUAUUGUUUCAAUGUCGCACAACGAUGCUACGGUGCAGCAGCAGCAGCAGCAAGGGUCGGCGGUGGUGAUCCCUCAUCCCGACAUUCCACCGGCAAUCAGUCCACGCACUGACAAACCACAACCAUUGCAUCCACCACCACCACCUCCACCGUCCCUGCAGCAUGCAGCUAGUGCAAGUCCGGGAGCUACCGCGGGCAGCGGCAGUAGCAUCGCCGGCUCCUCCAUACUGGCCAACAUGGCGGCGGUAGGAACAUCCAUCGCCAACAGUACUAGCAGUAACUUUAGACAUAGUGCAUCCAAUUCUAUCAAAAAUCAAAACUGUGAUUUUACUUACACCAUCCCGGGCGGUGGUGGUGGUCCCACGGGCAGCAGUGCGAGCGGCGCCCCUCCACCGCCGACCAAUUCCAGCGGACGACCGUCGUCCUGUGAGCAUUCGCCCGUCUAUCCUUCCAGCCCGAAAAUCCAGCUCCAGCAUAAUCAUCCCACCGCGGGAGCGGCUCUGCCACCUGUCUGCCCGCACCACCAUCACCAUGCCGCCCAUCAUCAUCACACCGAUGCGGCGGCUGCGGCCGAUGGUGGUGGGCCGGCGGCCAAUUCGAUCCAGUACAACAGCAGCGUGUCACCUUCCGCCAGCAACCACCAUCCGUGUCACCUGUGUGCGGGCGGUGUGGACGCAGGCGGCAGCUUGUCGAACAAUGCCGACAUUGGUCCGACACCGAUCUCACCGCACGUCAACGUACCAAAUACGCACAAUGUGCUACCACCCCCGGCGCCUCCACUACCUCCUAGGGCUAAGCGAAAAGAAUCUUCCAUGGAUUCGACCCAGUCGUCGCAGAUGCGGCAGGCGCCGGACGCACCGACGCUACCACCGAGAGACGUUAGUCCGCCGCCACUACCGCCUAGGAUUUACACACAGUCGUCACACUACCAGUUCGGAGUGUCCAGCCAGGCCGGCACGACGCUGCUACUUAACUACACGCAAAGUCCGAGUGUGUGCGGCGGUGGUGGUGUCGCCGGUACCGGCGGCAGCAGCAGCUUUCCAAUGGACAGCUCCAACUGGAACCAUUCCUCAUUCCAUGCGAAGGAUGAAUCGACGUCUUCGUCCUCGUCCUCGUCGACGCUAACGCGGGACAAUUUGAACCAGCACAAUCAGCACAGUGUCGGCGGCACGACGGCAAGCAGCAGCAGCCAGAACAGCAGCAGCAUGGAGCAGCGGCUGCUAAUGCUGCCCCAUACCAGCACGAUCAUGAUGCGGCGCAACUCGGCGAUGGAUCGGGCGGCGAAGGAAAACAUUCCCAACAUUGCCACUUCGAGCUCGCUGUCCGGGCUGUCGACGAUCGCUGGCGGCAGCGCAGGUGGUGGUGGUGUCGGUGGAGCGAACGUGGUCCCGGGCGUUGGGGUCGGUGGCAGUGGAUCGACAAUGAACUCUAGCGGCGGUCCCAGCGUUUCCGGUUCGCUCGGCAGCAGCGGUGCGUCCGUCGGCAGUAGCCCGUCGGCGGUGAAGAACAAGUCGGUGCAGAACUCACCCAUCUCGGGGCAGGCGCAGCAGCCGAAUGUACUUUGCCGAAGGGCCAGUACAAACAUUUCGCCCCGCUUUUCGCCCGGCGAAACGACACCAAAACUACCCCCCAAACCGAAACAGAACAGUAUAAGUUCAGAUCGUACAAUGUUUCCCUAUCCCAGCACGAACUGACCCAACGGUAGUCCCGGCGGUGGGCGCUACUUCAUACGCUAGCCCGAUACAGCACCGGUGCAAAUGGACCCCAAAUGGACAAACGGUACAAACGUGACAACAACAACAACUUUGUGCUGUUGUGCUGUUUCAAUUGAAUUGAGAAGGAAUAACGCUUACACAAAGUGUUGCAGUGGAAUGCUGACAAAAAGGGGAUCAUCUCGGGGCGCCUUCUGCGCGCUUUAGUUUACACAAGGGACGGGCCAGUGGUGGUGGUGGUGUUGUGGGACUGGUAUUAUUUGUUGAUGCCAAAAACAUCUCAAUCCGUACGAACAUGCAUAAUGAUUCGCAUUUUACGAAUGUGUGUGCCAUAGAGCGGAAGUUUCUUACGCCCCAGAAGUUUCCGUUUUGUUUUGUUCUCCUGUUUCAAUUUGACCUUUUUUAAUCUUCCAGCUGCCGCUGUUGCCCGGUCAAGAGUACCCCUCCUGCAGCUUUUAGUUUGAUGUUGUCUUAAGAAGAGGGGAAAGGGAAGGGAAAGGGAAGGGAAAGGGAAGAGUUUUUAAUGUGUGACUACACUUUGCGCCGACGAUGUGUUGUGCGUGGCAAUGGUGGGAAAAAAAGUAUUAAUUCGUUUGAAAUUGGCACGCCACAAAAAAGUGCCGCGUGAGAGCGACAAAAGAACACAUGAUACAGGUAGAGGCAGGGUUGUUUAGCGGGUUGAUAGAGAUUUGAACACCUUACCUAUCACAUGCAUGUUGGUAGUACUUGCACAUGGUUGGUUAAUAAUUUUUCAGUUCCAAUUUCAAGUGCCACGACGAGAGGAAGCUGCAUGGAAUGAUUUGACUUGCGCUGUCGCAUUUGGCGUGUUACCUCUCUGUCUGUUCGAUGAGGAUCACAUAGUAGGCAUUUUUUUUUUUUAAUUGUAAAUCGAAGACGCACUGUAUAGCUGGAAUGCAGCAAAAAAAAACAAUACAACAAAACAUUACAAAACAAACAUUAGUUCGUUCGUGCGCACGUUUUGAGCUCGCUCGUGCAGCAGUGUAAUGUUGCUGUAGUGUAAGCGUAUAAGAUGAAGAUGAUAUGCAUUAUAUAGCACAAAAGGGAAAAAAAGAACCAUUUGAAGAAAAAAAACACACAGCUACAUAAACACAUUUUGGAACAGAUAGAGCAGAUAAUUUGAUUGUUGUGUAAUGUAGAUGUUUUAUAUGGAUGAUUAAAAGAAGAAAAAACAAACAAACAAACACAUUAUUCUAGCGGGAUAUAGAAAGAGAGAGAGAGAGAGAGAGAGAGAGACAGAGGGGUACCUAGAAGCAGGAGUAAGGAGUAGUGUAACACAAGUGGUUGUGUGGUGUGUAAAUAUGCUUUUUGUGCGACCGGAACGGAUCGAACCAUUCACCGAGCUAUUAGAGUGUGGGAGAAAGAACAAACACUCAUAACAAAAAAAAAACAAUAAAUGUUACUACGUUAAGUAAGUAAUACACCGCAAGCGAACCAAAUCAAUAUAGGAAGCAGUAGACGAAGAAGAACAAACAAACCCCAAAUACCUAAAUGUGUCGAAACGAAACAAAACAUCACAACACUCACUCACUGACUCACACAUACACACACACACACACACACACACACCAUCCACGUGCAUCUUCUCUGCGUGGUGGCAAGAACAGAAGCACGCAGGACAUUUGCUCCUUAACUAGACUGUGCAACUAUCGCUUGGCAUUCCGCGUAAGUGGAACUGGUCGGAACUGGUAUUACUGUAUAGGGAAAUAUCUCCUGUUUUAGUAGUCGGUCGGGUAAUGCUAAUUCUUCCCUGUUGUAUUCUCGGUCUCAUCGUGAUUGAUGGUGGUUGAACUGUCUCUCUGUUAGUGCGCUAACGCAGACGACUGAAAUAGGCGGAUAGUUGACUUUAAACAACAAUAGAAAAAGGAAGAGAGCAAUGUAAAAGACCGAAAUCGUUUGUUUUACGUGUGUGUCUGUUUUUGGUGUGCAAAAGGAUGGAAUGCACAAUUCAUUUUUUGUUUUUGUAUACAAAUAAAGGAUGCACAUAACGUCCUGUUUUUUUCUUAAAAAAAAAGGGAUCGCAACUAUUGAUCCUACGAAACAAGUAUUAAAAGUCGAGAGGAACACAUGGUGGUUGAGUUGCGCAACAAGCACGCGAACAGACUAAACGCAAACAAGCAAACAAAAAAUACUAUAAAAUGUAGACUGGAGCAUACGCGAGAUGAUAACGGCCUCUGAUAUGAUUAGUGGGCAACAGACAGAGAGACACACACACCUACUAACACCUAAACAAACAGGAGAUAUUGUGUAACAAAUCAAUGUGUUAUGUACAUAAGAGUAUGCAUGUUAUACAAGGCAAACAAGUAAACGCAUAAUAACCAACCUAUGCAAAACAGAAAACACAGAGAGUGGAAAGUGUGGAAGAAGGUGUAAAACUAAAGAAACCAAACUCUGUGGCGCAUUUUUUGUGAAAGCUGUAGAACCUUCGAUGUUGGCAUAAUUAUACAGAAACACACACACACACACACACACACACACACACACACACACACACACACACACACACACACACACACACACACACACACACACACACACACACACACACACACACACACACACACACACACACACACACACACACACACACACACACACACACACACACACACACACACACACACACACACACACACACACACACACACACACACACACACACACACACACACACACACACACAAAACACGCACACGAAGGAUACCAUUUCUACACUGGAAAUGGAACCAACACAAAAAAAAACCCAGUAGAUGAUGAACAGAAACAUGUCUUAACCGUGGUUAGUGGUCGAUGUUGUCAAGUGUUGUUGUCGAAUGGGUAGUGGAGCAUUUGGGGUAUGUAAUUAAAUUUGGACCGCAAAGCGAAAGUGGACCUUGAUCGGGCCGAAAUCGCUGUGCGACGUUGUUAGUGGAUGAUCAUAUCCCUUAAUUGAAACAUUCAAGUGCACACACACACACACACAGCCGCGCUUUGGUCUGUUUUUUGUUUGUUGGCAGGAGUUGUUGGGUUGGGUUGGGCACAGGAUUAGAACGGAACGGAGAAGGUAAAACAAACAAUAAUUAAACGUUUGGCACCACGUGUGAGAAAGUUUGCACCCGAAAUCAGGCUCUCUGUGCGCGUGUAGGGGUAUGUAGAGGUGCGAGUUGGCAGUUGUUUAAGCGUUAGUGUACAACACAGACAAUGCUACACACACCACACACGGUUUGGGAUGGAAAUGAAAGUAAAGCAGGAGGUGUGUUAAAUAUAUUGGCGGAAGAGGGAAGAUGUUGCAGGAGUAGCAGCAGCAGGAUAUCACAGGUUAAUAAUGCAAAACGAGAUAUAAGAGUGUGUAGAAAGGUGGAGAGUGGAAGAGGAGCCGUGUGCAAGCCGAGUGUGUUAAGGGGGAUGAUUAGUAAUGAUUUAUCUAGUGUAAAGAGAAAGUAGUAGUAGUAGUAGUAGUAGUAGUAGCAGUAGUAAUAGUAGAAGUACUGGGGCAAAACAUGAACGAUGGGAGGGAGGAAGAAAAAGAAAGUAAACAAGAAGGAACGUGUGUAGUGUAAUGGGGGCUGCUAGCAAGUAGUAGUUGUGCGAUACGUAUGAGCGCUAAUCCUAUCGCAAACAUGUUGUACUAUAUACAAGAUUUUAUGUAAAACAAAACCAACCAAGCAGUUGCAAGAACUGUGUGUAACAACUGUGUAAAACAGAGUGAAGUGAAUAUAGGCCAGAGAUAGAGGGAAGCGCGUGAACAAAAGAGAUAGAGUUAUAUAUAGAUAUAUAUAGAGAGAGAGAGAGAGUAAACAAACAUAUUAUGUAUGUAGUACCAACGGAGAAGAGAAAAGAAUGAAAUUCGUUGAGAUUAAGUGAAAAGAGUGCAACAACAACAACAACAACAAAAAAGAAACAACCAGAAAAUGAGAAAAGUGGAUUUGCUAAGAAAAGUUUAUAUAUAAUAAUGGUUGAACGGUAGAGAAAAGAGAAAGAUGAAAAGAAGGUGUACGAAAACAGAACGAAGUACGAAAACAACAAGCUGUGAAUGAAUGAAAGAAAGUGGAACCUAAAUGUUUGAAAUAAUGUAUAAAAAAAAAACACACACACACAUACACAACAGAACAAAACUGAAAACCCAAAAACAAAA